AACACACGUAAUAAAAAAAUCUCUCUAACCAUAUAUAUAUAUAUAUAACUAACUUUUUAAAUUAAAUAUAUUUUUAAAAAUAAUACCGUUGACCUGACCCAGUCUACAGCAGGGGCAGGGUGUCGUGCAGUCAUUUGAAGGAACAAAAUUAAUAAACAUCAAACAAUAUUUUUAGUAUAAAUAUACUUAUCUUGUGAGCCAAUUAUUUAAUAAUUUCUCUCUUUUUCUUUUCUUAUCUUAUGAAAUUUAUUGUGUGUCUGAAAAUGGCACCAAAGCUGCUGCUGUUAUUGUUUUCGGGGCUUCUUAUUUUGUCAUCAUCAGCAACAGCAGCAGCAGCUCCUUUAGACAACAUUCAUGGUAUGAUUGGAGCCCAGAAAGGCGAUCAUGUCCCCGGCCUUAGCCGCCUCAAGAACUACCUUUCCAACCUCGGAUAUGCUAAAACCGUCAAAACUGAAAUCGAAACUGACAUAGCCGAUGAUCCUGGUACCAACCACUUUGAUGACCAAUUAGAGUCGGCUCUCAAAUCGUAUCAGUCAUUCUUCCGUCUCCCCGUCACCGGAAUCUUGGAUCCCCACACGGUGCGAAAGCUGAAGGAGCCGAGAUGCAGCGUGCCGGACCUCACCCACGACACGAACUCAAGCACCAACACGGGGCGUUUCGAAAUUCCAAUUCUUCCCGAACGCUCCGCGGUGGCCGGCGACGAAGACGGCGCUGACGUACUCGUUCCCGGCGGGGACGCGGGAGGACGUGGCGGGGCCCAUCCAAGUGGCGACGGGAGAAUGGGCGAAGGUCUCGCCAUUCACGUUCGCCUACACGUCGGACUACGACAACGCCGACAUCAAGAUUAGUUUCCAGGUCGGCGAUCAUGGCGACUGGCUGCCGUUCGACGGUCCGAUGGGGAUAGUGGCGCACGCGUUUCCUCCGACGUCGGGAGUGCUCCACCUGGACGGCGACGAGAAUUGGAUCGACGGGGUGGCGCAGGGACAGAUGG